AGUGUUUAGUAAACACUAAUCCCAGCCCAGGUGAUUUCCGCCUGAGUGAUUUUGUCUGGGCUGGAGGUUCAAAGUCCACAGACGACGAGCGAUACGCAGGAUGAGGGAUCCCGUGGGCAGCUGCUAUUACAACUCCCUGUACCAAGAUGUGAAGCGAUAUUCAAAGCACGGGGAAUACUUCUUCAAAGAACUGAUGGCAGUUUUCCAGCAAAGGGCUGAGCUGGAACUCAACUAUGCCAAAGGAAUCCAGAAACUAGCCAGUAGACUUCUCAGGGCGUCAAAAGGAAUGUCAAAUAAUUCCACCUACAGCGCCUGGUGCCACGUGUCGGACGAGAUGUACUCCACAGCAGACACACACAGAACUCUGGGAAAUGCUUUCCAGCAAGAAGCCGUCCUGGAAUUACGACAAGUUUUAGACGAGCACAGUAAAAGGAAGAGGCCUCUUGACAAUCAUGUCGAGAAAACCGGAAAACUGUUGACAGCCAACUGGAACGAGCAACUGAAGAUGAAGAAGAAACUGGUCGGGAUAACCAGAGAGCACGAGGCACUCGUCAACUUUGUUGAAACCAAUAAGCACAUCUGCACUGAAAAGGAAAAACAAAAGAUGCUCAACCGACUGACCAAAUCAGCACAGACCCAGGCCAAACUGGACGAGGAAUACUUUAGCAGGAACAUGGAGGGCCAUCAGGUCCGACUGAAGUGGGAGAACACGUUGAAGAACUGCUACCAGAUAAUCCAGGAGCUGGAGAAGCAGCGCCUGGAGAUUUUGAGCACCACUCUGGACAGAUACCGCCUCCACAUUUCAGGCUUUGGACAGAGCCUCAUGCAGGGUCAGAGGGGGGUUGAGCAGGCGAUGCAGAGAGUGGACUUGCAGAAGGACAUCCAAGCGCUGGUGGAGGAAACCAGUGCCACAGCCCAGGAGAACAAAGCAGACUUUUUGAUGGCUGACUAUUUUGAGGAAGACAGCAAAUCCCUGAUGGGGAAGGAGAGAAGGAGAGACGCCAUCAAAGUGAAACUCCAACGUUUGGAAGAAAGCAUUGCAAAGACAAAGAAAGAUCGCGAGGUUUUUUUUAUGAUAGGACUACUGAAACUGAUGAAAAGCAACUCUGAUAAUCCCUCCUCUGCAAACCAGAAGAACAUGAAGGAAACCCGGCAGCUGCUCGAGGAGACAACCCUGAAGCAGGAUCUCCUUGAAGCCACUCAUUAUAAGGUGUCCCUGUCGCUGGUGGCGCUGGGGGAGGGCAGGGCCAUCCAUCGCUUCAGCCACAGCUUCAGCCACAGCAUCUCCAAAUGGAAGGACAAGGAUUGUGAGCACAGUGUUAUUCAACUGACCCGUCCAGUGGUCAUGAGGUCCUCCAGACAGACCUCCAGCAUGUACAACAAGGGGGCCCCUCCCCCAGACCAGGGGCCCCCUCACCCUGAGCAAGGCCCCCCAUGAGGCGCUGGGUAAGAUGUAGUGGAGGAGUUGAGCAGCCGCCCCCCUCCCUCGUCAGCCGGUGAAGCGAGCCCAGCGCCUCUCCCGCGGACGCCAUUCAUUCGUUAUUCAAUACGAAGAGGGGGCAGGACGUCACCCUCCUCUCCUGCUCUUGCAGCUAUGCUAAUAUAGAAUCUCUCUAUCCAGAUAUAAUACUCAUACAUCUAGAUAUAUGGAUAGAUUAUAUAGGUGGGGAUUAGUCCAUGUGUUUUGUACUUUGUCUGUCGUACGGACUGUGCACUUAGUUUUGGUAGAAAUUUGAUGUAAUGUGUGAUAAAAUUACUUCCGACUGAUUCACCGACUCAUUUGUCUUGCUCCAAAAAGGAGCCAACUUUAUAAGAACAAACAAAUAUAGUACAAAAUAACAAAAAAUAAUAUAUUGGGUUCCAAGGUAAGGUGCAGAGUACAAUAAACAGGAUACGCACACAUACAAUACACACACCAUGGUUCAGAUGUUUUCUAGUUAAAAAAUCAACAUUUACAAGAUGAAGAAAGUCUUCUGUCUGGGUGCCAGACUCACUGGAUCAUAAACGUGUUUAGUUCCAGACUUGCAUCUUAGAACCAACUCGUCUUUUUCCGAUCUCGAAGCCUAAAAGCCGGUCUAGGAGCCGGUCGAGAAGCAUGCCUGGGCAACGAACUCCUUCCUGAUGUUGGCCAAGAAGGCGGAGAUGUUAUUGGUCUGUUUGAGCCGCUUGUCCAGAUCCCCCAGGGACUCCAGCACUGGGUCGCUAGACAUGACUGAGUGAAUAAGAGACCAUUAGCACCGGGUCGCUAGACAUGACUGAGUGAAUAAGAGACCAUUAGCACCGGGUCGCUAGACAUGACUGAGUCGUGAAUAAGAGACCAUUAGCACCGGGUCGCUAGACAUGACUGAGUCGUGAAUAAGAGACCAUUAGCACCGGGUCGCUAGACAUGAUUGAGUGAAUAAGAGACCAUUAGCACUGGGUCACUAGACAUGACUGAGUGAAUAAGAGACCAUUAGCACCGGGUCGCUAGACAUGACUGAGUGAAUAAGAGACCAUUAGCACCGGGUCGCUAGACAUGACUGAGUGAAUAAGAGACCAUUAGCACCGGGUAGCUAAAUGACAUGACUGAGUAUUCAAAGCUUGAACUUGAACAAUCCUUUGGAGAAUGACAAAGUGCUUUUUGAGUGUUUUCCAUUGGUUAAUAAGCCAAGCUAGCUGAGAGCAUAUAUGUAUCAGAGGCCCAUAACGUAAGGAUGAGAUGAAGACCUACUCUGAUAGGAGCCGUCUGCAUUAAUCCCCAUGGUGAAGGUAUAUACGUUUUCAGGACUUGCAGGGUUAACAUUCUGGAAAACAAACUGCAGCUUUUGGCCUUUCAGAAAAAAACAAAAACAGAAAAAAUGUAAGUGCAAUAACUAUAAUUAUAAAUGCAUUAUUAUUGUACAUAAACAUUAUUUCAAUUAUACAAGUUUGUUCUGAACAAGAAAUUUGAUGGGUA